CUAUUUCUUACUUUCAUGGGUUUAGCAUUUCUUCUUCUUCUUCUUCUUUGAGAGAUCUUCAAUUUCAUUUCACACCUCACCACUGACAAAAUGAACGGUGGAGAUUUGGCUGUGAGCAGAGACCCUGCUAUCAAGCUCUUCGGCACCACGAUUCAGACCCAGAUUUGCUCCAACUCCCCUAAGAAAUCAUUGGAUGCUCCCAGUGAAAUAACAAAAGCUGAAGCUGAGGAUCCAUGUGCAGAAGACUCUAGAAAGCCAGAUGGGUCUUCAGUUUCUGAGGAUGGUAAGGAGGAGCAGCAAACUCAAGUGCAGAUGAGUGGGCUGCAAGUGCAUAAGGACCAGGGCGAGACCAAUAGUUCAGGCCAAGAAAAAGUACUGAAGAAGCCAGACAAGAUUCUCCCAUGUCCGCGAUGCAACAGUUUAGAGACAAAAUUCUGCUACUUCAACAACUACAAUGUGAACCAACCCAGGCACUUCUGCAAAAACUGCCAGAGGUACUGGACGGCAGGUGGAACAAUGAGAAAUGUUCCUGUUGGUGCUGGGCGGCGGAAGAACAAGCACUUAGCCUCCCAAUAUCGUCAGAUAAUGGUAUCCUCUGAUGGAGUACCCACUACUGUGAUUGAGGCGUCAGACUCAUCUAAUCAACAAAUUCUCUCAUGUGGCGAAACUUCAACCACUUUUAGGCCUUCAACAGCAAGUGGAACAGUCCUAAAAUUUGGUCCUGAAGCACCUCUAUGCAAGUCCAUGGAGACGGUGCUUAGUAUCAGGGAACAGAAGAGAUGUGCUGAGAUGCGAACUGUCAAUUGCGGAGGAAAUGGGGAGGAGCCAACCUCAUGUACAUCUUCAGUGUCGGCUCCUAGUUUCCCAGAAAAUGAGUUUCCUGAAAAUGUUGGGCAUAAGGACCGACCUAGUUUGCCUGCAUCUCGUAGUGAGAUUCAUCCACAACUUCAUCAGCCCUGUUACCCUGUUCCUCCAUGGGCUUUCCCUUGGAAUCCAGGUUGGACCAAUGUAGCUCCUGUAGCACCACCUCAGUGCUCGUCUGACACUGUUUAUGCUCCGAACAACAGUAAUCCAAAUUCAGUUCAGUGGUGCUCUAGACCAAUGCUGGCAGUUCCUGGCUUUUGUGCACCAACCAUACCUCUACAGCUUGUGCCUCCCUCAUAUUGGGGUUGCAUGCCCAUCUGGGGUGCAGGAACAGGGAACAUCUCCUUGGCUGGAUCCAAUGACUGCCUGUCUCCCUCAUCCUCCACGAGCAACAGUUGUUCAGGCAACGCCUCACCAACACUAGGCAAGCAUUCCAGAGAUGCACAACCAGCAGAGGAACAGAAGCUAGAGAAGUGUGUUUUGGUUCCAAAGACUCUCAGAAUUAUUGACCCAGAUGAGGCUUCAAAGAGUUCUAUCUGGGCUACAUUAGGCAUUAAGCCUGACCAGAAAGCACCCAUAUCAAAAGGCGGCAUUUUCAAAGCAUUUGAACCCAAGUCUGGAGCCAAGACCGAUCUAUCAGAUGCCACUCAGGUACUAGAAGCAAACCCUGCAGCUCUGUCUCGCUCCCAAACAUUCAAAGAAAGUACGUAAAGCUGAUGUUGAAUACAGUCGUUGCUUGAAGAAUUUGUCUCUCUGCAAUCUUUCCAUGCAUAUUUGCUAUCUAGAGAAUAUUGCUUCAGCUUUGAGUUGCUGGAUCAGUCAUGGAACCCAUUUGUAUAAUUGAAGCUGGUUUUGAAGACAAGUUCUCGGUCCAUCAAUGCAUCUGUUUUGGUUCAAUAUGCUGUAAAUAGUAGAAGAUACGACAUGGGGGACUGUAGGUUUCAGUUCAUUAGCUCAUAUAUCAUCUUGGAUUUGAUUCAGCAAAAAAGAAAGAGAGAAAUCUAUAUCUAUUCUGCUGGUUGUAUGAAUACAAACAUGUUGGAAAUUAAAUUGUUAACCCAUGUUGGGGUUUUCCCCUUUUCAAAUGUC